AGCCUUGCCCCCCCACCCCCCCCCCCCACCCCCAAGCUAUCGCAGCAGCCGGGCCCCGUGUUCCUGCCGCGGGACCCCCCGUGGCUGUGGGCGCUGGCCAAGGCGUGGGUGCGCAGCGCCGAGUUCCACGUCCACGAGGCCGUCUCCCACCUCCUCCGCGCCCACCUCCUGGGGGAGGUCUUCGCCCUGGCCACCCGGCGGCAGCUGGCGCCCCGCCACCCCCUGUAUAAGCUGCUGCUGCCCCACACGCGGUACACGGUGCACAUCGCGGUGCUGGCGCGGCGCUUCCUGCUCAACCCCGGCGGCGUCUUCGACCGGGCCAUCGCCCUGGGGCGCCGGGGGCUGCUGCGUGUGGUGGCGCGGGGGCUGCGGAGGCUGCGCUACGGGGACCUGGUGCUGCCCCGCGACCUCCGGCGCCGCGGCGUCACCCGCACCCGCGGCUACCACUACGGGCAGGACGCCCGGCGCCUCUGGGCCGCCAUCCGCAGGUGGGGGGCCGUCCCCUCGUGGGGGCGCUAUGGGGUGCCAGGGGGGCGCUAUGGGGUGCUGGGGGGGCGCUCUGGGUGCUGCGGGUGCUCAGAGCCCCACGGAUGCCGCAGGGACCGCGGGCGCCGUGGGUGCUGCGGGUGCUCUGAGGUGCUGCGGGUGCUGCAGCGGCUGCAGUUCGAGCUGGGCGCCUUCAUGCCCAACCUGCCGGCGGCCAUGCGGAGGCCGCCCCCCCGGAGCAAGGCGCUGCUGAGCGAGGCCGACUUCCUGGGCGCGCUGCCCGCCGUCAACACCACCUGCAUCACCCUGGGGGUCCUCUGGGUGCUGCGCAACGAGCCCCUCGACAUGCGCCCGCUGGGCUCGUACCCCGAGGAGCACUUCACGGAGGAGGCCCCGCGGCGCCUGCUGGGCGCCUUCCAGCGCCGCCUGGCCCGCAUCUCCCGGCGCGUCCAGCGCCGCAACGCCGCCCUGCCCCUGCCCUACCCCUACCUCGACCCCGCCACCAUCGAGAACAGCAUCGCCAUCUGAGACACAGUGUCCCCAAUGUCCCCUGGUGUCCCCGAUGUCCCCAGGUGUCCCCAACAUCCCCUGGU